AAUGCUACGUCGUCAUUUUACGUCAAAUUGCGAAGGUGGUACCGGCAGCAUUUAUUGAUAUGAAGAAUAUAUAAACUGAGAUUAAUUAGUUACAUUGAAUAAAUAGAUAAAUAAUAAAUCAAGCCUAUUAUUAUUCUGAUAUAAAAAUAUGUUUAUUAGGGAAUUGUCGGUGUUAUUAUGCACCAUAGUAUUAUGCAGUGCAAUACUACAAGGUACAAUAGACGUGAAGCGGUUACAAGGUAUUCUUGAAGAAGGCAUUAAAAGCAAAGAAUUGAGCUCAGUAUACUAUUCUCUUAGAGGUUUAAAGCUACUGAAUGCUAAGAUUCCUGAUAUUUGUCAGAAUUUAAAAUCGGCCAAAUAUGACCCCAAGAAUAUUGAACAAGUUUUCUACCUUACAAAUGCUGCAGACUUAUCUGGCUGCCAAAACUUCCUCACACCAAAUGUGUUAAGUGGUCCAUCGCAGAUAUUGGACAAGAAGGAUCCCACUCUUGCUGAGUUGUAUCAUGCUGUAUACUCUAUGAAAGUAUAUAACAAAGCUACCAUCUAUGAUAAGGAAGAGGCAUUGAAAAAUCUUAUACAACUAUUGAAAAAGGAUGAUACACCCUUGAACUACGGCUAUGUAUUUGCUCUAUGUGAACACAUGGGCUGUGGCGCCUGGACAGCUCAGCAUUCUGAAGGCAUCCUGCUGUCAGCAGACGAGAGUGACGGAAAGGCUCUGCAGUUUGAGGGAGGCUUGCCUGUCACAUCCUUCUUGCUGACCACCAUUUUGAGGACAUUCAAGUCACUCAAGAAGUCAUCUCCGCUGUCGGACGAGCAGCGUCACAAGUUUGCAGCGUACCUGGUGUCGCGGCGCUCCGCUACCACGCCGCGCGCUGCUGCGCUGCUGCUGGAGGCCGCGUAUGCCAUCGCUGAUGAUCAGCCAACUCCAAUCAGUGUGUCCUUCAAGGACAGAAAGUACAUCACAUCAGAAGUGGACACCAUAGAGUUCUCCGUUACCGAUCUGAUCGCGAGACCAAUCCCCUACCUUAAGCCCGAGGAAGUCGUCGCGCAAUCCGGAACCAGGCUCGCUGAUGACGUAGUUGUUCUGUCCAAACAACCACUCACACAGAAACCCAACGAUCCAACGACUUUCGUCCUAAACCUCAGCAAGAUCAAGACUCAAUAUGGCAUGUACAAGAUCUCCCUCGCGACUGGAUCCAAGUCGGCUAACUUUAUCGUAGCGGUACUGGGAGAAAUUCAAGUGAGCAGCUUGGAAGUUGGUAUUGGUGAUGUGGACGGGACAACAAGCCCGAAGAUUACAACUCUAACAUACCCCAAUAAAUUGACUGAUGUGCUGCAGGCUGACCAUUUACAGAAAGUAUCGCUGAAGUUCACGAUAAAAGACAAGUGGGGCAAGCCGGUGGUCGUGCAGCAAGCGUUCGUGAGAAUCGCGCCCGUGUCCGACGCCACGGAGGCGCUGUUCGUCGCUGAGCCGGACAACGCCAAGGCGUACAAAGUGGAUCUGAGCGUGGGCGCGCUCGCGAAGCACGUGGGCGGGCGGUCGGGCGCGCACGCGCUCAGCGUGCUGGCGGGCGACAGCGCCGCCGCCGCGCCGCUGCUGUGGGACCUCGGCACCAUCGCCUUCAGCUUCGGCAAGGACUCCGCUCUCGAACGCGCGGGCGAGGGCGGCGCGGGGGGCGCGGGCGGCGCGGGGCGGGCGGCGCAGCCCGAGCUGGCGCACACGUUCCGCGCGCCAGACGCGCGCCCGCCGCGGCUCGUGUCGGACGUGUUCGCGUGCGCGUGCGCCGCACCGCUGCUGCUGCUGCUCGUUCUGUGGGCGAGACUGGGGCUCAACUUUGGAAACUUCCCCGUUACACCGGCAGCGCUCUUCUUCCAUUUAGCGUUGGGAGGAUCGCUCGGUCUGUACGCGCUGUUCUGGCUGCAGCUGUCGAUGUUCGCGACGCUGCGCUACCUGCUGCCGCUGGGCGCGCUCACGUUCCUAUCGGGCCACCGCCUGCUGCGCCGCCUCGCGGACAAGAAGCGCAACUAGCGAUUAGUGUACAUGUAGCUUAAUAAAUUAUAAACGUGUCUAUGGUGUUUUAAUCUGUGGUUUCCGUUUUCCUUUUUUGAAUUGAUUAUGUUAUAACAGGGUUAGAUUAUAUGCAAUUUUGUGGCAAUGUUGGUCUGAUCUCGUGAUUGAGAGUGUAGGAUGGUGUAUUUUAUUUGUUUCCAGUUAUUAUAUUUGUACAUUUUGUGAAAUCAAAACAAAAAAAAAUCAAGU